UAAUUAUAUGUAAACGCGUUACCCUCGUCAUUAAAUCAAUCAAUCUGUCAUCAAUAUUCCCCCACCUUAGGUUACUGUUGUUAGAAGUAUAUCCCCAGUUGUUGUUCGAACUUUGGAAGGUACUGAAUAUCAUCAUAUAGUUCCGGUAUAUUAUCAGAAUGAUCAAACAAACUGGAAGGAUAAAUACUACGAACUUAGACACCAAUAUUGGCUCUUGGAAGACAAAUGUAAUAAACUGGAAGACUUAUAAAUAAAGCAUAGCAGAUGCGAAGUUGUAAGAGAGAGUGAAUUAAAAUAAAUUAAUGAGCUCUUUACUUAGAGUUAGCAUGAUAUUAGAUAGCUUAAACAUUGUUUAGCCAAAGUGGAUACGUAAAUGAAUGAGGAUUACAAAAUGAAAUACUUUUAGGCAAAUGAUUAACUAGAAACAAUCAAAUCUGAAUUUAUUAAACUGCAAUAAGAAUUAUAUUAAUCCUAACAACAAUCCACUCAAAACACUCAGAGAUAACCAUAAUAAAUGAAUCAAUUAAUUAUUACUAAUUCAGAGCUUUAAAGAUAAAAUGAAUAACUGCAAUUAUUAAAUAAAAACCUGCAAUAAUAAAUUGAUAAUCUUCAUUUUCGAUAUACUGAGUCUGGGAACUAAUAUAAUAAAAUUCAAGAAUUAUUAGCUUUAACAGUCCUUAAAAAUGCAGAAAUUGACAGUCUUAGGAUAUUAGUCUCAGAAAAAGAAAAAAUGAUUGAAUAACUUCGCACUUAAUAUUUAUCAUAAUAUAGAUGA